GUCUUUUUUCCCUUAUAAUAUAAAAACAGAGGGAACAUUUGAAGUUAAUGUGCAUUCUGUCUUUCUCUCUCUCCACCGGGGAGGUCCUGUGGAGAGGCAGGGAAGCUGAAGGGUUAAUUCGGGGCUGGGGAAACCUGAUGCUAAUUAAGCUUUGGAAUUCCUCAUCCCGACCGAGCAGCAGCUCAGAGGCUCCGGAGGCAGCAGCAGAGAUGUCCGAUGGGUUGAUUCCUCACUGACACUCAGGAAAGUCAGUCUCACCGAACCUGCAGCUGAAGGUAAAGACGGAUUUGUCUCAUGCAAACAUGGUUUUACUAACAUCGGUGCUGCUGCUCUCCUGGGUUUCGCUGCACAACACCGCGCAGGCUGCAGCAGACUUCUGCCGGGGGACGCACUGCUCCGGCGGGGACAGGAGCGACCCGAGACCGUGCACUGGAGAGCACUGUCCGGGGGGCAGAUCCUCCAGGCAGCUGCGGCAGUACAACCCCACCACGCAGGGGAGAGCGGCGCAGAUAGUGGCCGGCCAGCACCACGCGUACCCGGGCUCUCCGAGAGCCGUGGCGCAAGCUUACCCGGCCGCGCAGCCUCUCCGCGGGCGACACGGAGACACCAGCGGCGGCGGAGGAGGAGGAGGAGGAGGAGGAGGCGGUGGCGCACGGAUGAAGGCGCCCGAGGUCCUGCCUCGACCUGCAGGGUGCACGGAACCGGGAUGCGUCGUUGCUGUGAAGCAAUUUCAACCCACAAAUGACACCCGAGACUGCAGAGGGAUCGAGUGCAGACUGCCACCGAGGAUCCGGCCCAAACCUCGGACCAAGUCCUGUGUGGGUGAGGGCUGUGUGGCCGGUUCAGAGGAGAGCGUCUCCUCCUCCUCCUCCUCCUCCUCCAGCCAGCGACCUCCCGUGCAUCUGUCCGACAGAGCCGCGCAGUUUAUGGGAGAUUUCCCGGAGUUUGGAUAUUCUUCCUCGGAACUUGGCGGCGCGCCCCUGGGUGUCCAGCUCACAUGUGACAUCAAGCCAGGUGAGAAUGAAGUUCCCUCCGAGGACGCCCUCAUCCUGCACCUCCAGCUGGCCAAGGGGCAGGAGAAGCUGGUGGAGGCCCUGCGCGCCCAGCAGAUGGUCAUCCGCGACCUGCAGCAGAAGCUCGUCGACCAACAGGACGCCCUCCUGUCCCAGCAGCGCGAAAUCCUGGACCAGCAGCGGGGCAUGUACGAGCAGAUGGACGUGGUGAAGGCCCAGUACGGCCUCCUCUCAGACACCGUCAAGCAGGUCUCCUUCCAGGGCCUGCAGGGCGAGCUGCAGAGCUACUUUGAGAGCCACUUGGCCGGUCUGCAGAGCCAGGCCCGCAGCCACCUGCAGAAGUCCUACGCCGUCCACAAAAUGGACGUGGACACAAAGGUGAUGGACGUGGUCGGGGAGGCGAAUUAUCCUCAACCUCUGCUGGGCUGUCCCUCACCCUGCAGCCCAGACGAGUUCUGUGAUUUUCAGAAGGACCCGCCUCAGUGUGAGAAGUGCACCAUGUGUCCGCCUGGCUUCUUCCUCAUCUCGCAGUGCUCGUCCACCGCAGACCGCAUGUGCCAGGACAGGGACGAAUGCCUUGAACUACCAAACAUUUGUGGGGAGCGAGUGAAGUGCCUGAACACCCCAGGAGGCUUCAGGUGUCUGGGGGUGUCUGAGAGGGAAGUGGAGAUGGGCGUGUGCGGCCACGACUACUUCUUCAACCCGGAGCUGCAGGAGUGCCAGGCCUGUUCGGACUGUGACGGAGAGGCUGUCUCCGUCCCGUGCACGGCCGUCAGCGACACUGUGUGCAGCCAGAGUUCAGAGAGCCGACUCUCUCAGUCCUGGGCGGCGAACGUGGUGGUCCCGUCCGCGAGGGCGUCCGGCACCAACAUCUUCCAGGGGCUUCAGCUGAACAUCCGAGGGAAGGAGAGCAGCGACUUGCUGUCCAACGAGGGCGGGCAGGUGAGGUUCCUGCAGCACGGCCUGGUGUGGCUGGACCAUAACUUUGCAUUAAAGCACAGCUGCAGGAACUUCCUCCAGGUGGGGAUGAGGCUGAACGACAGCCAGGAGGAGGAGGGUCGGGAUCUGAGCGGCGUUCGCAUCGAACAGCCCGAUGGGAAGUACUUCCAGGGGGUUAGCGUCAGCAGCGGAGUGGAGGUGGAGCCUAAUCACACCUUCACCCUCCUGCUGAAGAGUCCGAAUCAACACUGCAACCAGAGCAAAGAUCUCCACGUGUACGACGUCACCGCUCCGUCUUUGAGUCUCCUCUGGUUGUCUCAUGAUACCGGCGCCGUGGCCAUGACGGCUCAGAUGUCCCUGUUGGUCCACUACCAGACCAGCUACCGCCCCACGUUCCGUUUGACCUCGGUGUCUGACCCGUACAUGAUCAGCCUGACCCACGACAGCCGGGGGGUGCGCUUCACGGAGAGCGGCGUGGUGAAGUUCGUCCUCCAGCAGGCGCUGUACUCCAUGGGCCACACCUGCAUUCGAGAGGGCUUCUCCCUGAUUGCCUACACUAACCGUAACGGGACGGGUGUGGAGGCGACGCAGGCCUUCAAGACGGGCGUCAACUACCGGGACACCUCCAUCACCCUCUCUGGCGCGAUGAGCGUGGACAGCGGAGACACACUCAGCUUCGAGAUCACGUCGCCCUCCCAGUGCAACAUCCGCUAUUUCGGGGACAGCACCGGGAUCAGCAUGCUGAGCCUCAUCUGGAUUCCUUCGGCUGUGUCGUCGGCUUUGACCGCUACCGUGUCCAGGACCGGCCUCCCCACCGGAGCGGUGAGGAACAAGCCGCUGUCGUUCCAGCAGAUCAGCUCGGACACGCCGCAGGUUCACUUGGCCCGUUCGGGCGAGCCGAGCAGCCGGAAGAACUUUAUAUUCCACGAGAAAGGGACGGCGAACGUGGCCAUCAACCUGAAGCUGAUCCACUCGUGUAACAUUGUAAAACUCACGCUGCAGAAGGUGGCAGGUAAGAGUGGGCAGGCGGGUCCUGUGGCUCAGCAGGUGUCCGGGUACAUGCCUGAGGGCAGCAUGUGGGCCAGCAUCGGGCUCAGGGCCUCGUUCCAGGUGCAGAACGGCACAGCGGUGUACGUGACGCUGGACUGCAUCCGAGGACGUGUCAACCAGAUCACACAGGAGGGAGGCACUAACAUCUCAAUCCUCUGGGUGGCGCUGUGACGCCCCCCCGGAGCCUGAACGUCACUAAAACAGUUUGUGAGAAGACAGACGGACACUUUUGCACAGUUUUGAAUCGCAGAGCAGAUUCAACAAUUUACCAAAUCCAGGAAAAAUGCUGGUCGAUGAAAAACGUAUUCCACAUAUUUUGUCAUUUUAUUGUUUUAAAUGUGUUUCAUCACUUUUUUAGAUUUUUAUGGUGUAACAUUUUUCGUGUUUGAUUUUAAACAAGUACUGAUUUGCUUGAAGUACUUCGGCUGGUUGAGCAGUGACCAAUUCUUAAUUGAAGUGUGUGUGUGUGUUGUAUGUGUGCGUGUACAUCUGUGUGCACUGGUGCUUGUAUAAAGAGUGUGUGUAUGUGUGUGUGUGUGACACAUUUGCAUGCCUACUUUUGCAUAUGUGUGAGUCUUUUGAUAUGUAUAUUCCUCCAUCUCUGCAUAUAUGUAACAUACAAACUGUAUGUAACAAACCUUUUUGUAUUUUAUCAUUAGACCUAUAAAAGCAGUAGUUUGGUAUCUUGGGAAAUAUGGUUAUUCAUUUCGUGGACGAGAGUAAACAUGUAAAAUGUGUAAUUAACAGCAAGUCUAUCUCAGAGGAUCGAUACCACACUCAAUCGCCAGUUAGCUUAGCUUAGCAUAAACACAGGCAGCAGGGAAACAGCUAAGGCAGCAAUAAUAUGCAUUAUUUGACAUAUUUCACUUGUUUAAUUUGGACAAAUUCUGUGAAAUGGCAUUUUUGACAAGUGUUUUGACAUUUGAACAGAUGUUUAUGUGACGACUGGUUGUUUGGCUGAGACCAGUAACUUCCUGGUCUCAAUUCUGAUGGGCCAUAACCACGGCCAAUCCCAGCUGAGCUUCCUAUUUACCGCACAUGUUAGAGAGUGGUAUUAAUAAUCAUGUCCAACUUUCUGUCAGAAUGUGCAUUUUUCCCAUAUGUUGAAUUAUUCAUGUGGUGCUCUGAAGAGAAUGCAAUGUAGUUAAAUUUCAACAAGAAAGAGUUUUGUACUUGUGAUGUUUUUGAUGAUAUUUAUUUGCCUUUCAUACAACAGGACUUUUGUAUUUACACUAUGAAAUGCUUAUAUUUGGUUUAUAUGGUAACACACUGAGUAGACAGUGUUGAUAUUCAAGUACUUGCAGUGAUAGCCUCUGCGAUACACUUAUUUGCACAAAUAUAACAGUAUUAUGGAAUGUGCAAACAUCAUACUUUGUUUGUGGAGAGCUGCCCAUGCAUAUCGUCCCUAAUUGCCUUUGUCUGUGCUCUGUCCUCUGAAACAAUUAGGCAUUAAUAAGCGAUUGGGAAAGUUGGCAUUGAAGUUCUUCUGCUUUAUUCUCACAUCAUUGUGUGUGAUGAAUUACUUUGUUUGUGGUGCCGGGCUCGCUGCACAUUUCUUGUGGAACAUCGAAGCAUGUAUUCUCUCGUUCAGCACCAAAUAAAAUGUACAUAUACUGUG